UUUUGUCAUUCAAUUUGAUUGUUUUUAGGUGUUUGUUACUCUUGUUAUUCAAUUGUCCUUGUCAAUUAUGGCUCCAACUAUCGGUUAUUGGCCUAUUCGCGCCCUUGUCGAUCCCAUCCUAUUGUGUAUGCAUCAACUCAAGCAAUCAUACCGAAUCAAACAUUAUAAAUUCGGUGGUCCUCCUGAUCAUCUUGGUAAUGAAUGGCCAGUGGAUAAAGAGAGAUUAGGAUUAACUUAUCCAAAUAUACCUUAUUUGAUUGAUGGCGAUGUCAAAGUAACUCAGUGUUUAGCGAUCCUUCGUUACAUUGGUCGUAAAUAUAAUUUUGGACCCAAAUCUGAAGAGGAGAUAAUCCGUUCCGACAUCUUCGAGCAAGGGGCUCAUGAAAUGUUGUACACUUGUUUUCGUGUUUGGUACGUUGAUACGGAAGAAGAACUGAACAAAGCGAAACCUCAUUUACAUCCAUAUCUCAGACAAAGACUCGAGCAAACAUCAACUGCCCUUGGGUCAAAUCGAUUUAUUCUUGGCGAUAGAAUGACUUAUGUUGACUGUCUACUCUAUUCAGUACUUGAUUACAUCAGACUUUAUGAUGAAGAUUAUUUAAGUCGCAAUCAAAAUCUCAGGGAUUUUCUGGAUCGAAUUGAGUCUCUCCCUGAAAUCAAAAAGUACCAUGAAAGUAAACGAUUCAGUCGAUUCCCGAUCUGCGCACCAAAUGCAAGAUGGGGAAACAAUCAAUCAACAUGUUGUUCCAGUAUUAACUUUUUUGUUACAAUGACACCAAUUAUUGGUUAUUGGACAUAUCGAGCCAACGUCGAGCCCAUUUUGUUGACAAUGAGACAAAUUAAUCAACCCUAUCAGUUGAAAACUUACAAACAAGGAGAUGGAUCUGAUUAUCUGGGUGAUGAAUGGCCGAUUGACAAAAAGGGAUUGGGAUUAAUUUACCCAAAUGUACCUUAUUAUAUUGAAGGAGAUGUUAAGAUAACUCAGACUUUGGCUAUUCUCCGUUAUUUGGCUCGAAAACAUGAUUUUGGCCCUCGAACUGAAGAGGAAUAUGUUCGUAUUGAUAUAGUUGAACAGGGAGCAUUUGAGAUCAUGUCGUCACUGUGGAGAGCCUGGUAUGUGGACACUCAAGAAGAAUGUGACAAAUUCAAUGAGCAACUGAUUCCUUUCCUUGAACAAAAGCUCGAACAUACAUCGCAAGUUCUGGGUUCUGAUGAAUUCAUUUUGGGAGAUCGAAUUGUGUUAUUUGAUUACAUUCAAUUUUUUAGUUUCUUCUUAACGUUCCAAACAGUUAUGGCUCCAGUUCUUGGCUAUUGGAAACUUCGAGGUCUUUGUGAACCUAUUCAACUUUUAUUGGCUCAUGUUGGUCAAGAGUACGAAAUGAAAACUUACACCAUUGGACCUCCGCCUGAUUUUGCCAACGAUUGGUUUGAUACGAAAUUCAGUCUCGGACUCGACUUCCCGAAUUUGCCUUAUUAUAUUGAUAAGGACGAAGGUGUGAAAAUCACUCAGAGCAUUGCGAUCUUACGUUAUUUAGGUCGUAAACACGGGCUGGUUGGUAAAUCGGAAGAAGAAAACAUCAAAUUGGACAUGAUUGAACAAUUGGCAAUGGACACAAUGAUGAACGCUGUCAUCAUUUGGUACUUUAGUACUGACGAUAAUUAUGAACAACGGAAAAGUGAAAUGAUCACCAAAAUCAAGCCCCGAUUACUUCAGUUGACUCAAUUUUUGGGUGACAAUCAGUUCAUCAUUGGAGAUCGGGUUACGUAUGCUGAUUUCAUGAUGUACUCGUACUUUGAUUACAAUCGACUCUUCGUUCCAGAGAUGUAUACUGAUGAAACAGCGAUUCACGAUUAUUUGGCACGAAUCGAGUCAUUGCCUGGUGUCAAGGAAUUCAUCUCAUCGGAAAACUUCAGUCGAUUCCCAAUCGCUGCACCAAUGGCUCGAUUUGGUGGAUCAAAACCAAGUGAAUAAAACCAUUUAUGUAUCGAUUUGAUCCAAGUGAUUGAUUAAACUUGCAUUUAUUUUAA